GGAGCUGGUAUACUAUUAGAGAUUCAGAGGAUAAACAGAAGAAGAAGAAGAAGACGAAGAAGAAUAGAAGAUCGUGUUAGUAAUGGAGUUGUUAUAUGGUGCUCGUUGCUCUUCUUUCUCAUUUCUGCCAUUAUCCUCUCUGCGGCCUAAGCUUGCCAAGAGUUGCAAUUAUAAUCGUGAUUAUGGAUUCAAGCCUGAGAAGAAGAUUAACAACACCUACAAGGCCAAAAUUUUGAAUCCAUAUGAUGAACAUCUCUUUUUCUCGCAUUCUGUAAACAUUGGGACUCCAAUUCUUCAUGAGAAUAACAAGGCUCUUGAUCAGGGUGAAGAUGAGCAGCUUGUUGGUUCAAAUGCUGAUUCUGGGUAUGAAAACCUUGAUUGGCCUUCUCCUAAUGAUGAAAUUCCAUUUUGGAAGAGGGAAUUCUCAUUACAAGACGUUGCCUUGAGAGGCUCGUCUCUUGUAGAACAUGAUUCUGACCUUAUGUACAUUGUUCAUGUGACGGCUGAAAUGGCUCCCGUGGCAAAAGUUGGGGGCCUAGGUGAUGUUGUGACUGGACUUGCCCGUGCUUGCGCAAUGCGUGGACAUGAUGUUGUGGUCAUGCUUCCUUUCUAUGAGUGUCUUCCAAAGCAGUGUAUUCAUGGCUUGGAGUUGGUCAAUACAUAUAACUCUUAUCAUGAUGGAAAAUGGAUCCCUACUAAUGCUUAUCAAGGAGAAGUGUCAAACAUUCGUGUGAUACUCAUUGAACCAUCUAAUCAUUUCUUCAAGGGACAGAGCAUAUAUGGAGGAUCGUACAAUGAACUGGAAGCAUAUUUGUUUUUCAGCCGUGCAUGCCUCGAGUGGAUGCAGGUAACUGGAACACAACCUGAUAUUAUUCAUGUCCAUGAAUGGCAAACUAGUGCUUUACCUCUCUUGUACUGGGAUAUGUACCUAUAUCUCUCUAUCCAGAAACCCAGGGUUGUACUGACAAUCCACAACAUGGAGCAUUAUGGAGAGUGCAACAAAGAGCAAUUCAGCAAGUGUGGCCUUGAUGGAUCUUUGUAUGGAACUGAAGAAAAGGCAGUUGAUGAUCGCACAAUUGGCCACAAUCCUGAGAGGUUAAGUCUACUUAAAGGUGGCAUAGUCUACAGCAAUGCAGUAGUUACAGUCUCUCCAACGUAUCUUAAAGAAACACUUUGUUCUGGGUGGCUUGCCAGCACUUUGAUAAGACACCGCAAGAAGUAUUCUGGUAUUUUAAAUGGAAUAGAUACUGCUAUGUGGGACCCUGCAACAGAUAUAUAUCUACCUUCUAAAUUCACGGCUAGUAAUAUCAAAGGGAAGCAGAUUUGCAAACUCUAUGUUCAAAGGGGGCUUGGCUUGGCUGUGGAGGACUUGAGCCCACAUACUUUUUCUCAUCGAGUGCCUAUGGUCGUUUGCAUUACUAGAUUGGUUCGCCAAAAGGGUCUUCAUUUGAUAAUACAGGCGAUCAAGCAUGUCAAGGAGUUAGGUGGACAGAUGGUUGUCUUGGGGAAAACUUCAGAAGGUCAAGUUGAAAAAGAGUUUCAAGAUCUUGUUAAAUUGCAUAACCUUGGUUCCAGCAUCCGUAUCCUUUUGAUGUACAGUGAGGAGCUGUCUCAUAUGCUUUAUGCUGCUGCAGAUAUGGUCCUGGUUCCUUCAAUAUAUGAGCCAUGUGGCCUUUCUCAGAUGAUUGGAAUGCGUUAUGGAGCAAUUCCCAUUGUUAGGAAGACAGGUGGUCUUGCAGAUACCGUUUUUGACAUGGACAACGACUCACAAUCAGGCAUUGCAAAUGGGUUUGUCUUUGAAGGAAUUGACGAGGCAUCCUUAAAUGGGGCUUUAGAGCGUGCAUUUUCGCACUAUAGAGAAAGGCCGAGUGAUUGGGACGAUGCAGUGAAGAAGGUAAUGCAGGUGGACCACAGCUGGAAUAAUACGGCAGGAAAAUACAUUGACGUUUACAACUCUGUAAAGGGUUAAAAUGGUUUCACCAUUUACGUUUGUAUCUGGAAAUAUACUUGGGGCUAUGGAUUGUUUGUGUCUAGCAAAUACAUGGUAAAUUUUCCUUUUUAAUUGGUCUUUGGAAGACUAAAAAUUAACAUGAAAG